AUGGAUCCAGGCGUGAUAGCUGUCAUUGGCACCACCGGUGUCGGGAAGUCCAACCUAUCGAUCCAGCUUUCCAAGGAACUCGACGGAGAGGUCAUCAAUGGAGACGCCCUCCAGGUCUAUCAGGGAAUGGAUAUCAUCACCAACAAGAUGCCCAUGGACGAACGCGAAGGUGUUGUGCACCACCUUAUGGACUUUUUGCCCAUGGACCAGGAAUACUCUGUAUUGGACUUCAAAGCCGACGCCCUAGGUCUGAUUGAAAAGAUCCAUGAACGGAAGCAUAUGCCGGUCGUAGUCGGAGGAACACACUACUACAUCCAAUCCCUCCUUUGGCGCGACACUUUGCUGGACACGAAAAAGAAUGUCGGGGCACUAUCAGAAACGCAACAACAGAAAGAAUCGUACACAAACGAAAAGUUUUUACGCGACUCAGAUACUGCGACGUUGUACAAGAAGCUGCAGGAGGUCGAUCCGAUCAUGGCUAACAAGUGGCAUGAGAACGACCGGCGGAAAAUCACUCGCUCACUACAGGUUUUCUUUGAGACAGGCGAAUGUCAGAGCGAUCUGAUCAAGAAGCAGCAUGCUCUGCCAGGCAGUGAAAGACUUCGAAUGCCAACAUGCAUAUUCUGGGUUUAUUCCGCUCCAGAUGUACUAAAUGCUCGUCUAGACGCAAGAGUUGAUACAAUGGUCAAGGGUGGUCUUUUCGAAGAGAUUCAAGGAAUGAGAAAGAGCGUAGGACCAAACACGGACUAUGAGCGCGGAAUCUGGCAGGCAAUUGGCUACAAAGAGUUUGACCCAUACUUUACUGCAGUCGAGGAGGCGAUCAAGGAUAAUCAACCAACAGACACAGAAGAGCUGGAAAAGCUGAAAUCAGAGUGCACAGAGACGAUGAAGACGAGGACAAGGCAAUACGCAAAGCGGCAAGUUCUUUGGAUCCGCAACAAGCUGCUCCCACUCUGCCGCGAGAAGGAGGUCAAGAUCUAUCUCCUAGACGCUACCUCGCUGGACACAUGGAAGGAAAACGUUGGCAAUGUCGCCGUCAAAAUCGCCAAAAAUUUCUUUGCAGGCGAAAGUCUUCCGGACGCCGAGGGUUUGAACCAAUAUGCCAAAGAAAUGCUCGCCGCCCAGCGAGAUCUUGAUGCGGUGUCGGCAUUAGAAUCGUGGGAAAAGAAAGAGUGCGACAUCUGCACAAGCAUGCAAAGAAUCAUGCACGAAAAGUAUGCUCAACCAGCGGGUUCUACCACUACCACCUUAACAGAAGAACAACAACUCCCAGCACCAAUAAUCAUCCAUGGCCCGACGAGCUGGGAACAACACUUGCGGUCCAAGAUGCACCGCAAGAUGAGGACCAAUAAAGCCGAGAUGGAACGGGAUGGUGCUAAUUGGUGGUAUUUCAAGGCGCAGGAGUACAAGAAGCGGAAACGGGAGGGGACGCUGAACCAGGAGGUUGAGGUCGUUGGUAGGGUGUUGGAUGGUGAUGAUGAUGGUGUAAGGGGGCAGCCGGAGUCGAAAGUACGGCGGACGGAUGUGGAUGGUGAUGAUGGUGGUGAUAAGAAGGAUGAGAAGGCAUUGUAG